AUGCACGAGGUUACGACAGCAGCCGAUAAGCAACGUUUUUUAGAAGUUGCUAUAGCUAUUUAUAAAGAUGAUCCGCAAUGGAUACGGCCGCUGGAUAAAGAUAUUGAAGAGGUUUUCGAUCCUCAGAAAAACAAGUUUUUUAAACGUGGUGAAUGCACCCGCUGGUUGUUGCUGGAUGCACAAGGCCAGGCGAUUGGCCGCAUUGCCGCUUUUGUAAACAGGCAGUACAAGCAGGAGCAACCGACCGGCGGCAUUGGCUUUUUUGAAUGCAUCAAUGAUCCCGAAGCCGCCCGUUAUAUGUUCGACUUUUGCCGUCAAUGGCUGCUCGAACGUGGUAUGGAAGCCAUGGAUGGCCCCAUCAAUUUCGGCGAGCGCGAGCGCUGGUGGGGGCUGUUGGUAGAAGGAUUCACGCCACCGCUGUAUGGUAUGAACUAUCACAAGCCUUAUUACCAGGCCUUGUUUGAAGACUAUGGUUUCCAGCUCUACUUUAACCAGUUAUGCUUUGGCAUGAAGGUAAUCUGUUAUCUGCUCGAUAUAUGUAACCCGUUGAUGGAACAGCGCAUAAGCAUUGCCGAUGUAGCAAAUCCGGACGAGGAAGAUACCCGCAAAAAUGAUCCCGGAUGUGAUAAUCGUAUCGAACCCCAUCUUCCUGAGCGGUUCCAGCUUGCCCACAUCAUACCAGCUAUGACUGGUGCCGAGCCAGUAUUUGACAGAGAACAGCACUGUAAUGCCGAGCAGGGCCAGCAGGAUCGGGAUAACGGACUUCCGGGUGAUUUUCUUACGGUUUUCAAGCAGGUAAUAAAACCAGAGAUAACUCAGCGGGAUAAUAACGAUGAAAUGGCUGAACACCGCCAGGAAGGCCAACACCGGUAA